AUGCCCUUCUUCUGCCACAACGGAGACCCAUUGUCCCAACCGCCACCGGCCCAUAUGGGAAUACCGCCCUACCAGUUGGACAGCAAAGGUGCUGCGACGAUGGUCAUCAGCCUUGCUCACAUGUACGAUAGUGAAGCAAAAAUCGUCACGAUAAGAGUUUUGAUCCUCAUUUUACUUCAAGCAAUGUUGCCUCAUAGAGAUGUCACCAUCUUUGGAAUCCUCAAUUUGGAUGAAAAAGUGAUGUAG